AUGUCGUCUACCCCCGUCCCCAUUUGUGGGGAUCCCAUCCUCUGCCUCGACAGAUACUCCUAUUCCAAGCCGCCGCUGCCCUGGUCGCGCGCGAGGGGGCCGGGGCCCCCUCUCAUCGGCGUGAGCCAGUGUAUCGCUCACCCCGCGGGCGUAGCCACCCUCAUCUGCGGGCCCGUGGUGGUUCCUUUCGUCGUCGCCGACCGCCUCGGCCACCGCCUGCCCUGCAGCGACAAUUUUUUCAGUCCGCAUCUCCAGGCGCCCUCUCCGCUGGUACCGCACCCGCCUCCUCCUCAGCCUCCUCCACCGUCGUCUCAGCAGUCAUCCCAGCAGCAGUCGUCCGGUCCAGCUGCCUCGUCCCCUUUGGUGGCCUCUCCUGCGUUGACGUCGGUGCCGCUAACGGCAGCGGGCUCUCUCCCGCCUCCCCUUCCGGUGCCUCCGCAGCCAGUGUCGCCCGCUGGUGCACAUCUCGUGCCCCCCCUUCCCGCUCAGUCACUUGUCGCUGCUGAUCCUCUGUCUGAGCCUCCUCAGCGGCAGCAUCCCCUCGUUUCUCUUGACCCUGCACCCGUCGCUCGUUUCCCUCUGCCUCGGCCUUGUGCAGAGUCUCCCCCGCUUCCGCCCGACGCACCUGAUCCUGAGGACGACGAGAAGUGGUGGAACGGCGAGCUGUGGGAGUCUCCUCCUCUGUCCGGGACGACGUGGGGUCGGGACUGGGACAUGAAGUCCGACUUCGUCCUUGAUGUCCUCCGUUGGGAGCGGCGCAUGAUUGGUGUUGGCGAGUGCCUCUCCCACGUGGCGACGGCGCUGGAGCAGCUGGAUGCUGGUCUGGAGGCGCGGAACUUCGUGCUGCGGGAUCCCCAGCUGACCGAGCAGCAGCAGGGUGUUGCCCGUGAGGCUGCGGCGCAAGGCUUGUGGAGGCUCCUCCGCUUGCCCCUGGAGUCCGAGCAUCCUGACGAGAACGAGGGGCCGGGCGCGAGGGCUUUCCGCAGGGUCGCCACGGCUGCCGAAGAAGCACCCCUGCAGCUUGUGCCUGCGCUAGCGUCAUUGCUCCGCUGGAUCCGCCAGCGUUUUUACGUGUUGAACCACGUUUAG